AUGAGCACCCCCACCUUUAAGGUACCAUUGACAGCUGAGGAGAAGCAAUUGUACUCCCAAUUGUUUAAGGAAUUAGAUCCGGAAGCCAGCGGAGUGAUUACCGGUAAAAAAGCAAGAUCAACUUUUGAAAAGUCCGGGUUACCUCCAGCUAUUCUUGGAAAGAUAUGGCAACUUGCUGAUCCUAAUGGUUUGGGUUUCUUGACACAAUUUGGGUUCUGUUCCGCUAUGAGAUUGAUUGGAUACACUCAAGCUGGUCAUCAACCAGCUCCUGGUUUAUCUGAACAACCUGGUCCCUUACCUAAGUUUGUAGGCUUAACUGUGCCCUUGCAAUCUCAAAAUACAAGUGGUUCAUUCAUGCAAUCACAUUCAUCUCCGGCUGCUGCAAAUAAUACUUCUCCUGCUAUGACUCAGCAAAGCACUGCGGCCGUUCCUGUUCCAGUUUCUGCUCAUGGAACUGGUACCCAAAAUGCCCAGUUGGGUCCUGUUAGUCCUUCUGAUUACGAAAGAUUUAGUCAAUUGUUCAUCAGAACAGUAGGUUCACCGCAAGGAGAAUUAAGUGGUGAUGCAGCUAAGGACAUUUUUGUAAAGGCUAGAUUGCAAACUUCAACAUUGGGAAUUAUUUGGAGUUUGGUAGAUAGAGAAAAUGCUGGUUCAUUAAAAAUGCCUUCUUUUAUUCUUGCUAUGCAUUUGAUUCAAGCAUUAUUGGGUGGUGCAAUUCAACAAUUACCUCAAAUCAUCCCGGACUACGUUUGGGCAUCUGCUCAGGGCCAAGCAAGCGUACUGCAGCCACACAUCGGAACCCGUCAAUCGUCUCACAACUCAAUUUCUUCACGUCUGUCAGUGAUCCAUCAUCGUGACUCUUCAAUUAGCUCUGAAGCACCUGGAUCUUCUUGGGUCAUUACUCCCUCUCUUCAUUCUCAGUAUGUGAACAUAUUUAACAGUUUGGACAAAGAAAAGAAGGGUUACUUGAAUCCCGAUGAAGUUGCUUCGUUUUUAAUGACCUCUAAGUUGGACCAACAAGAUUUGGCAACAGUUUGGGACUUGGCUGAUAUUCAGAAUACAGGUAUUUUCUCCAUUGUUGAGUUCUCUGUUGCUUUAUUCUUAGUGAACAAGAAGUUCACAGGAGAAAGCUUACCAAAUGUGAUUCCAGACUCAUUACUUGAAUCUGCUAAACAAGUUAAAUCAAAGUUGGAGUCUAGACUGUCUACUUCAACCAGUAUUCCUGAGAAUCAUCCAGGCACUACUUCACCACAGCGUCCUAAGUCUAACCUUGACGAAUUGGCAGGUUUGUUUCACGAAUCACCAUCCUCUACUAAAGAGAUUCCUCCUUUAAUAUCAAAGACUUCAAGUAGCGACUUGACUCAUGUUACUCAGGAGGAAUUACCAAAAGUCCGUAACAACAUGACGGGUUCAUUCAAGCCAACUUCAAGCUUUGGUAUGAGCUUAUUGAAUCAACAACAAUCUGGCUCUAAAUCAUCUCCUUCUGCCUCCAAUACUAAUACUCAAGGUGAUUUGAUAUCUCAUGCUGAAGUUCCUACGAAUCCUCCAGCAUUUGUUGCUGCUAAUAGAACAAACUCAAACGUUCUGUCUGCGUCUGAAUCUCCAGCUCCUCAAGCUAAAUCUGUCAAUUACGAUGCAUUAAGAGCUGUUCCCCCACCACCUCCACAAAAGAAACAGACGGCUAUAUCCCCCACCACUCUGUCGAUUGCUCCUUCAAGAACAACUUCUGUUCGAGUACAUGCACCAGCUCCACAAGGCAUUCCUCAAGUAAUGCCUGUUCCUGUGUCCAGAGAACCCUCUUAUCAACAAGUUGCUCCAGAAAACAAUGACCUUUUGGCAGAUCCUGAAGUUUCAGGGCAAUUGUCAAAAGCAACAGCUGACACUGCUAACUUAUCAAACCAAAUUAAAUCUUUGAGCAAUCAAACAACAAUUUUGCACGAUAAAAAGUCAAGAGCAGAAACAGAGCUUGCUAAAAUUCUUGGUUUGAAGGGAGAAAUUGAAGCCAAAUUAAAGUCUUUGAAGGUUUCUUAUGAUCAAGAAGUAUCCCAACUAGAACUUGUUGAGCAAAACUUGGCACAAGCAAAGGAAGAAGCAGAAGCAUUGAGAUCAGAAGCUUCAAUUGCUGAAGCUAAGCAAAAUUCGUUAUCUGCCAAGUUGAACGAACAGCAAUUACAAUUGGAGGAAAUGGAGAAGCAAAAUAGUACUCUCAAGGAAAGAUUAGGUGUUGUUAACGCUGAAAUAGCUGAGAAUGAAAAAUUAUUGACAUCUCGUGAACAGGAGCACCAACAGUUUGCAAAUAGCUUGAAUGUCAAGAAAUCCCAAGUCCAAGUGGCUGUGGUCCACAAUGAAAAGUUCAAAUCACAGCUUAAGGACCUUGAAUUAAGCCACACACAGAUGCAAGCUGAAUUUGACAGUUUGGAAGAACAAAGACUUCGUGCUGAACAUGAAAAGGAAGUCCUUGCUCAACAAAAGGCUGAGCUUGAAAAGAAAAAGCCAGCAGGACCUUCACCAUCUAUCACAAAGAAAUCUCUUGGUCUUGUUGGAGGGUUGGCUGCUGGACUUGCAACCGGUAUUGCUGCAACUACAGAUUUGUUACACUCUGGUGAAAACGAAGACGAGAAAGAAAAGAAGGAAAAGCAAAUAGCAUCUCUUCAGCUGGCAGACGAAGGAUUUGAUGAUGAUUCUGCUCCUUCCGAAAUUGUUGAUGCUCAAAGAGAGGUUGGGGUCCAAGAAGACGUUGGGGUCCAAGAAGACGUUGGGGCCCAAGAAGAGGUUGGGCUUGAAAAGGAAAGUGGGUUGAGAAAUGAUGAACUACAAUCUAAGGAUAUUCUGGAAACCGUUGGCGAACUAGAGGAACAUACAAAACCAGCUACCCCAGUUGAAGACUUCACUGGGAAUGAUAAAAGCGUUGAAUCGACUUCACGUGAACCAAUUUCGAAUGAUAAAGAAUUAGAAGAGAAAUUCCCAGAUUUAGCUAUAGAAAGCAAGCCUACAAUUCCUAAGACAACGGCAACAACCACUACAACUUUAGGAUCUACAGUCACCGAUUUUAAGAGUGAGAAUGAGACCCCUAUAACUUCACCUACUACUUCUGACUUCCAAUUCCCACAAGGAGGUAUGAUGGGAAUGCCUGGUGUUUUAUUGGGUAUUCAAAGAACGGAAUCAUUGACUUCAAGCGUUCAAAAUAAUGCAGCAUUGUCGGUGAGAGAUGAUAAUAUUGAAGUUAGCGAUCGAGAAACUGUUGGUGUAAAUGAGAUGGGAGAAUUUAACAGAAAUGUUGAGCCAGACUCAUCAAACAAUGAGGAAUCUGUUGAUGAAGAUAAGAUUUCAUCUGGUAUUGGAUCCUUUGAAAUAGUGAACCCUGAAGAUACAAAGGAAGGUGACGGAGAAUCAACAUCUAAACAUCACACUGGUAUUGAUGAAGAGUUUCCUCCAAUUAAAGAGUUAGAAUAUGAUGAUGAGGACUCUUCAUCAUCUGAUGAUGACGGUAAAUCUGAAAAGUUUGUAAAUGCAGUUCAAGAUCCUGCAGAGCAUGUAUCCGAAAGCACGGUUACAGAAACAACUAAAUCUGAAGAUAUCGUUCCACCACCAUCCAAACCAUCGUUUGAUGAUUUUGAUGAUCAGUUUAAUGAUUUGGAUCCAGCCACGCCAGAUGUGAACACUACUACUACUAAAAAGGAUGCAUUUGAUGAAUUUGAUGAAUUUGCAGAUUUAGAAGAGGCUCAUGCUGAAACAUCUAAUGCUGCUGAUGACUUUGAACCUGAAAAAUCGUAUGCCUUUGAUGAAACAUUUACCAAUGAAGUCAAUGCAACUGCGAAAUCCAAUGUUCCUGAUUUUUCUACUCCUGGUAAUACUAAUAUUAAUAGUAAUAAUUCUGCUACUAGUGCAGCAGCCAAUGAUGAAUGGGAACAAUUAUUUGCUGGAUUUGGCAAUGCUAAUGUGGUUAAUGAAUCUGUUUCACCUCCAUUUCCACCAUCAUUUGACCAAGCAAUUAGCACUACAACAGCUGGUACACUUUCAAGCAACCAAGAUUAUGCGUUGAAGGAACUUGAAGGUAUGGGUUUUGAGAGAUCUGUUGCUCUUCUGGCUUUGGAGCAAGAACAUUGGAACUUGGAAGCUGCCACAAAUUAUCUUCUUGAUAAUGUUUAG